ACUGAAGGGCCCCUUGUCCCCAAGAAUGGCAGUGUGGUGCUCACAAAGAUGUAGGAGAAGCCAUAGGCGUGGAUGUGCAGAGCCACUGAGAGCCACAGGCACUGCUCCUUCCCACCCGAUGGGGAUGCCUGUGCUGGCCUCCUGAGCUGUUGUUGGUGUUUUUCCGGCCUGGCUGCCAGCCUGGAAAACAAAGUUCCCAACCAAAGCAAGAGCAAGUGGGGAGGAACACGGAGAACAGCUCUGACAUUCCUGCCUGCCUCCAGCAACGUUUCCAGAGCAAUAGGGCUGCAGAGGCUGAGCCUGCUGAGCUCCCAGAUGAAUAGAAGCAAUGGACAUGUAACUGCAGCCUCAUAAUACCCUUCAGCAAAGGAAUUAGAGCUCAGCCACAGUGCAGCAAAUCUCCCCAGUUAAAAUCCCUUCCCCAGUCCUGUUAGUACAACUACCAAGAACAGCAACUUCCCUCUCAGUGAGGCUCUAUUAGACCCAGGGUUUAUAUCCUGCAAGCAGAGGAUGGGAUUUUACCUAGGGGGAUUUUCUUGAAGCAGGAGCACUGAAGAGUACUACUGCUCACCAAGCCCAGCCAGGAAAGCAUGGAGCAGCGGGUGAUCUGCCAAAGCUUCCUACAGCUGCAUCCACUGGCACUAAGGUGCUGAAGGCUAAGAGUGCUGUCCUGAAAGAGAGCUCAUGUUUUGCUUCCCUUAAUUUAAUGUUAUUUGGACUUUUGAAUCAAUUCUUCCCUCACCUUCCCAGCCACUUACAGAAGAAGGGACCUCCUAACCCCUCAGCAGGAUGAACAAGAGCAAGGGAGCUUUUGAUAGCCCAGAACUUUGGAGCCCAGGUUGCACGCAGAGCAGCACCUCCCUGACCAGUCUGGCACCACCCUUUGCAAUUGGACAGCAGGCUAUGGACACAGCCCUGAAUGUAAUCCUUAUCGUGGUCCUCCUGGUCAUCAUGGUGUCUCUGGGAUGUACAAUGGAGAUAGCCAAAAUCGCGACUCACCUCAGGAGACCUAAAGGUGUGGCAAUAGCCAUAGUGGCUCAGUACAGCAUCAUGCCCUUGACAGCAUUCGUAUUGGGCAAGCUCUUCCAGAUGGGCACCUCAGAAUCCCUGGCCAUCCUCAUCUGUGGCUGCUGCCCAGGGGGAAACCUCUCCAACAUCUUUAGCCUGGCACUGAGAGGGGACAUGAACCUCAGUGUUGUAAUGACUGCAUGCUCCAUGGUCCUGGCAAUUGGAUUAAUGCCACUGCUUCUGUACCUUUACUCGGGAGGACUGUAUGAGGCUGAUUUGGAGGGCAAGGUACCUUACAAAGGAAUAAUCACAUCCCUGGUGCUGAUGCUAAUCCCCUGUGCCAUCGGCAUCGUCUUGAAUGAGAAGAAACCACAGUACACUGGCCUUAUCACCAAGGCAGGGAUGGUUAUGCUUCUACUGUCAUCUGCUGCUAUAAUUGUUCUGUCUGUGGCCAGUAUGGGAAACUGUAUCAUGGUUGUCUUCUCACCACCUCUCCUGGGAACUUCUGCCUUAAUGCCCCUUACUGGAUUCCUGCUGGGCUACGCUGUCUCUGCAGCCUUCAAGCUUGAUGAGCGGUGCAGGCGAACAGUGUGCAUGGAAACUGGCUGCCAGAAUGUACAGCUUGGCUCAGCUAUCCUCAAGGUCGCCUUCGCCCCAGAGAUCAUUGGCCCCCUGUACUUCUUCCCGCUGCUCUACUUGCUGUUCCAGCUUGGAGAAGGAUUUCUGCUCAUCCUGGCCUUUCGGAUCCAUGACAGAAUAAAGCAAGCCAAUGAUGCAGCAAAAAUUAUCUGUGCAGGUGUGGACACAUUUAGUGCUCAAGAAAUAAAAUUAGUGUCAAGACAUUGCAGAAACACUGGAAAACCAGGAAAACAACAUAUGGAUUCUGCAGCCAGCUCAUAGGUCUCCAGCUGUUCUGUCAAACUUAUCGAUAUGCUCACUGCACAGCAGCCGCAGAGCCAUCUGCACCCAUGCUGUAAUUCCCCAAAGACCUUGCUCCAGACUAAGCCUCGCUCUGUCAGCCCAAAAAGGAGACUUUCAGUGACUUCAAAAUCAUUGUGACAACCCUUUGGGAGAGUGGAAAAACAUGCCAAGUGACUGUCCCAGUUUUACCUGUAAGAAAAUCACUGCCUACAUCAGUUCCCUUUCUUAAUUUCACUUACCUGUAACUCUCCUGCUGGUACAUGAUGGAAGCAGAUCCUGACAGCAUCACUGCAGAGUAAUGUAAUUUCUAACAGACCCAGAAUGAGCUGUGAAAGUUUCUCCAUGCAGAAGCCAGUGAGAUCGAAUGCACAGACAAGCAGCCCAUGAGCUGUUGGUUUCUCCCAUCCUCCAACAGGUACUAUGUGGUACCACUGAUCCCCCAGAGCAGAGGCAACACAAACCAUGAUCACGGCUACACAAACUGCCUUUGUAUGCUGAGUUUGGGCCCAGCAAGCUGUACCUCCAACACCAGAUGAACCAGAUGAGCCUUCUGUUGUAGCAGUCAGUAAACUCAACACCACACCUGUUCUAGACACCACCUAGGUAUGGUCACACUACACACACAGUACCAGGAAACACUGACAUCUCCAAUGUCCAGACUAUGCCUUGUAACCCAAAGCAGUUUAUCUUAAUUAACAAUAAACUGGUUUGUACCAAGAA